CAUGGCAGGAACGGCCUUUUCUUCCUGCCUUUCCCACUGUGGUCCACUUCCUUUUUCGUUGUCUUCUAUUUAAUCAAGCCACAAGGCGACUGCACCAAAGGAUCGAAAUCCCUCUUCGCCUCUUCUUCUCUUCUCGGUUUUCAUCAAGGAUUUGGGGGGUUUCCGGAGCCAUGUUUCAGAGCCAGCUGGUUCCCAGGCCGCCAUCCUUCAGAGGCUCCCUCAAAGCCCUUGAAGCAGACAUCAACCAUGCCAACACCUUGGCGGAUGCUGUUCAAAGAGCGUAUGGUGGUGCUUGCCUUCAGAUGAGGUUGUCGUGUAGCCCCUUGGCGCCGUUCUUUGUUUACCUAAUGCAGUGGUUGGACUGCACUUGUUCUUAUGCUCUAACUAGCCAUUUAGGGCUUUUUCAAAUACUUGUUUACAAGGUUUAUGCAGAUGGCGUGACCACCAUAUCUACUUUCGAAAGAAGGGCGAGUAUUCGAGAAUUCUAUGGUAUCAUAUUUCCUUCCCUUCAACAGCUUGAAGGUAAUUUAGCAGAGAGAGAGCUGUCAAAAGAGAAAGUCCGAGCAAAAGAGAUAGUUGGUAGGAAAAGGGCAGAAGACUGGAAGAAAAUUUUCAAUAAGGAUUCAGACCGAGAUGAUGAAUGUGGCAUUUGUCUGGAAGUUUGCACCAAGAUGGUGCUGCCAAACUGCAACCAUGCCAUGUGCAUGAAAUGCUAUCGCGACUGGAAUGUGAGAUCUCAGUCCUGUCCCUUCUGUAGAGGAAGCAUUAAGAGAGUGCGCUCAAGAGACCUGUGGGUGCUUACGAACAAGAGCGAUGUGGUUGAUACAAUGACUUUGGAGAUCGAUAAUUUGAAGCGCUUAUACAGCAAGAUGUUAUAUUCCAGACAUGGGACAAGGUGCCAGCAAAGGCUGAGAUGCUGGUACGCCAGAGAACUUCGACAGAGGCUUCCAGAAGCAAUCUCAGUGAUGUUUUUGAUGGUGAUGACUUUGAUUAGCUCCCAGGUAGGUUUUCUUUCUCCUCCUUGUGUGAUUUCAAACCCUUAGCUUACAGCAUAACCAAAUUUUGAAUCCUAGCUCAUGGUGGAAAGAAGAAAUGCAUUAUUUGGUUUCAAAAUCUCACUUGCAACUUUAGGGGUGAUUUCUUCAUCCUCUUCCUUUCUUUGUGCCAGUUGGCACCACCUUCGGUUCUCGACACCAUCCAUAGUGUGGCAUAUGUUUUCGACUAGAGACCGAAACCCUGAUUGAGAGAACUAGAUUUGAACCUUCCUUAAAAAAGUUCUCCGAAGGCUCAAUGCUUAACACAUACUUGGCCAAUAACUAUCUUCAUAAUCUCGUUAGGCUGCAUAAUUCUUGACAACAAUUGGCAAGCGAGAGAUGCUCUACAGGCUUCUGCCCACAACCAAUCUAAUUCCUUUUUUCCUGUGCAUGACAUGCCAUUUUAGCAGAAAGAAUAGUCUAAAACAAAAUUAAGUCAUAUCUACACCUUUUAUUGCACCUUGGCUAUGUGCUAUUAUCACGAUGAAGACCAUUGAUUAUCAAUAUAAUCUACUAACUAAUAGUUAAGGAUCAUCAUCUUCAUAAGCUGUGCUUGUCCAAACUAUUUGAUGCUGGCUACAUAAUCCUUUUCCUUCAUUGAUCUAUUAUUAUUAAUAAUAUUCAAAUUAGUUAAUCAUUUGUAAUUACACGAACUAAUUUUUGCUUUAUUCUCCCUAUACACCUUAUUCUUCUACCAUAGAAUUUGCUAGUCGCCUUUAAAUAUGUUCAUGCUCUGUACAAUUGCAACUUAUUAUCUAUCAUUUAAUUCUUUAUUGAAUCUACACUUAAUUAUUCUCAGAUAUUUAAUUAUUUAUUUAUAAUACUUUUCUAAUAAUUUCACACAUCUGAUGCAACAUUCUUAUCUCCACUACCUUAACCUUCUGCAAGUAUUGCUUCCUAAUAGUGCAUCACAUAUGGAUAUCAAAUAGUCAAUUAUCUUCUGUAUAAUUCCAACAUAGACAUGCUUCUUGUUUGCCCUAAAUUGAUUAAGUACAAUUGUUUGCCCUAAAUUGCAAUUUUAACAUUUGUGAUGGUCACCCCCAUCAAUAGAGCUAGAAAGAUUUUUCUUCUCUUCUAUUCCAUGGUAAACUCCUUGCACACCAAAAUUUCCCCAUGUAAUAUGAGACCUCAAACCAUGAAUACAAGUGGCAAGUAUGAUGGCAUAUAUAACUGCUUAGGCAGUAAACUAUCCACUUUAUAUUGAGUGCAUCUUAAGUCAGUCUUUGCAUGGACCAGUACAUACCUACCAGUGUGUUACAAGACUUCAAGCCUAUGGUAGCAUAUAACUGCUUAGGGCUUCCUAGAAAUGCUGAAUAAUAGACUUCACAGAAAAAAAAAAAUCAGUUUACUUUCUUUUUCAUAUCAGAUUUGGCUUAAUUAAUCUCGACUAGUUUGUUUUAACCAAGAUACAGAAAAUCAGUUGUCGAUAGCUGAGGAAUUGAAUUCUUUGGUCUUUCUUUCUUGCCCACAAUCUUAUGCAAGAAAAUGUUCAUAUAGGCACAGAUUUACUUUUGAGUGUGUUAUUCGCUACUGACUUUUGAUGAAAUGUUGUUAGGCAGGAAGUAUUCUUUCAACUUAGGUAUAUGAACUGACGCAAUUAGAAAAUAGUAUGGAUCAGUUAACUGGAGAAGCACAGUCUAAUGCUUCCUCAUGCAAGUCGCAUUGAUUCUAACUUGUACACGGGAUCAGUUCUGAAUUCUGAUAACCAUGAUAUCAUAUAUUUUUUUUUUUGAAAAAAAAACAAAUAGAAAAAUUAUCUGGACAUGUGAGAUUCCUGAUAAGGAUAAAGGAGUUGUUGAUCAAUCAUCAUCAGUAGCUUGCUCAGACUUAUUUCCUCGUUACGCAAGUUUGAUGGAAGCAUAUUUUUGGAAGGAAUAAUACAACCCCUGCCUCACUAACUGUUUGUAUAAGUCGACUUGGUGUAAUUUUAACUGUUUGUAUGGUCGCAUCCUGUCAUUGUGCGAGGAGCUCAAUUAAGUUCGAAUUCAACUAAAUUGAUAGUUUUUAUUGGAUUUCAAUUCCGCUUCUUGAAAAAUAAUUUAAAAAAUUCUAAUGUAAUUUAUUUGGAUAAGGUUUAUUUAUCGAAAGGGAAGGAAAUUGGAGAAGGAAAAGAAAAAAAAGAAAAAAAAAAUUAGAAGUUUUGUUUACUCGAUCAUCUUAUUUGUGGUUGGUCGACGAUAAGGAUUCGAAGAGGAAGAAGACAAACGAAUGGGCAUUUUCGUCCUUUAGCGUUUUGUAUCUCCUAUUCCGUCGUUUGUCCAAUCUCGAUCCGAAGCAAAUCAUCUGAAUAUUUUUUCCCCCUCUUUCUAAGUAAACGUAGGGGAGCUGGUUGUUUCCUUGUGCAUUUCCUCCCCUCCGCCGCGAAGGUCUACGAGAAUUGAGACUAAACAAACCCGGCGAAGGAGCGAGCCCAUCCGGGUCACCCCCGGUCCGGAUUGGGCCACGUGUAAACUCCAUAGGGAUUCAGUACAUCCGAAGAGCCUCUCUCUCUCCUUGACGUGUACAAGAAACCGAAACCGCCUUCUUGAUCGGUGUAUAACCACUGCUCUCGCUCUCUCUCUCCUCGAUCUCUCUUCGCUGGCUUCCUCCUCCAAAUCCACUUCGCCGGAGCGAGAUCGACCGCCUCCGGCAAGAUC